UCAUGAAUUAGUAAAAGACAGAACUAGAUCCAAAAGACUAGAUUUUAAACAUUUCAAAAAAUAAAGCUGUAGGGCAGUAUAUUUUCUUAUCAAAAAUAUUCUUAAAUAAGUUUGGAUAGUUGAGUUUACAUGCUCUAGGAGAUGCUACAAAAAAUGUUAUAUCUAUAGCCUAGGCACUUGAAAGAAAAGUUAAUUCACAUAUUAUUUUAAUAGAAAUAUGCAAAAAUAAUAAAAAUAGAGACCCAAACCUUUAUACCAAAUGAAUAACCUGGAGGGAAGAAGAUUAAAUUGAUUGCUUAAUUAGAGGUCACCGAAGAAGGAAAGAAAUUAAUCAUAGAAGAAUUGGAGAAAAGAAGGAAGCCUGAAUAAGUUGCUUAAGAUAUAAAUUAAUGAAA